UUCCAUUGUGGAGAGACAGAGAAGCAUAAUUUCUUUCUGUGAUGUCCGAACCGAAAGUCAUUUAGUCGCUCGCCGUAGUCCUCCGAACUUUUUAACGAUUUUAUUCAUUGAUGACUGCAUUUAGUUUAACGUUUUAAGCAGUGUGAUACUCUCCAAGUGUUUUUAUUGUGUUACAGUUAUUAACGAUGGCUAACAUUGAUAAUAUCUCUGAUAGUGAGCUAAGGACCCGACUGAUUGGUUAUGGCUAUCCGGUCGGCCCAGUAACUCAAACCACACGAAAAAUUCUGAUCAACAAAUUGAAAGCAUUCGAGAAAGACAACGUGGAUGGGAAAGUGGAUCAGAAUCGGAAGCUGAAUUUGUCUACUUUCAGCUCCGGUGAAGAGGAAGAGGAUGAUUCGAAACAGAGUAAAAACCGGCGCCGGAGCACGGCCCGAUCACCCAUGGGCCCGCCGAAAAAACCUCCUGCUCGUAGAUCUAAUUCAGCCUCUAGAAAAGCCACAUCCCGAGCCUCAGUAGUUUCUCCUGUGGAAUAUUCCUCUCCAGAACCUGCCAAAAAGUCUCCGAGCAGAGGUAGAAAAUCAACCUAUCAAGAGCCAUCUUCAGCCGACUCCUCACCGGAACGCUCAUCUGUGUCUCGGAAAGCUAAAGCAACGAAUUCAAACCACUGGUCCAACUCAGUACCUAGUUCAUCCUCAAGAGACGCAUUUGAAACUGGGUCUGAUUCAGAUCUCAAUGAUAUGGAACCAACAUCGUCGAGAGUGAGAAGCUCCUUCUUGAACGACAGCCCUAGCUCCUUGAGUAGACCGUCAACAUUGUCCUCUUUACCUUCAAGUUUGAGGAGUAGAUUUUUACCUUCGUCUAACUCUGAAUCUGUUUCACUUCGAAGUUCACACACAUCUCCUCUAUCAUACAAACCUUAUGCAUCAGAGUUUGCCCAGCGUCUAUCAAUGGGUCAUUUGAACUCUGGAAAUUCGAGUUACUUAAAUGUAAAAGAAAAUGAUGAAAAAGAUACAGCACCCUCUUAUUCAAGACUUCUGAACAAUGUUCGUUCUAGAGUGAGUGAUGUUAAGAAGUUGGAAUACCAAAACUACUUUUCUAAAUCAGCGCAAAACAUCUCUUUGGUCAUCUUGCUGAUUGCAGUUCUCUUCUUUGGGGGACUUAUUAUAAUGUACCUGAACAUGCAUUUCAAGGAGACUCCCAUAGCUAAUUCUGAUCUUACGGUGACUGUUUGCUCUCUUGGUGGAAAGGCAGGCGUAACUUGUAUAUUGGAAACAGAAGUAGCAAGCUCUAAAGUAUUAUUAGGGAUAUUGUACCAGAAACUCUUGGAGCGUGCUGUUGCAGUUCAGUGUGGUCAUGGCCCGGCCAGUCCAGUUUUCACCUUCAACGAAGCGUUCCACGUCUUGAAAACCUCUGCAGAUUUGCACGAGUGGAAUGUCCAAGAAAGUUUGGGCAAUGUCAAAAUUCUGAUCAGGGACAAUCCUCAGCUUGGUAUCGAACUAUCAAACUCGGGCAUGGAAAUUAAAGAACCUAACCUUCCUCUCUGGUGUUCUCUCAAAAUUGCCGUCGUCAGUAGCAUGUACUUUGUGCUGUACAUAGUAACAGCAUUCGUAAUGGUUGUGGUCGUACAACGACUUUACAUUCUCUAUAAAUCGUACCAAGAAGAGCAAAAGAAAGUCGUCUUCAAGAUGGUCGAGGACAUUGUAGAUCUCCUGAGCCAGCAAGCGUUAACCAACCCAGGCGAUAAUUUCCUUCUCAUCAACCACAUUCGUGAUCAGCUCAUUGCCCCCAGCGAAAGAGAAAAAACUGCAAAAACUUGGGCAGCAGCUGUCAAGUACAUUGAAGAAAAUGAGUCGCGAGUUCUUUGUGACGAAAUCAUUGUCAACGGUGAAAUGUCAAAAGUAUGGCGUUGGGCUUCCCAUGCUAAACCAUCUAACAGACGCAAAACAUGGCAAGGACAAGCGUUUGAAACAGUGGAAGGUAGUGUCAACUCUCAACCGGUCAGUUUAACGCAAUGCCUCAAGAUUCGCCACAUGUUUGACCCAGAAAUGGAAGUCGGUGAGGAGUGGAUAUCGAGAGUUGAGGAUGCCAUUUUGGAAAAGUGCGAAAGCGUGAAGAUACUCCAUAUGGCUGUUGAUAGGAAGAGUGCAGAAGGAUGCGUUUACCUCAAGUGUGCUUCACCACAAGAUGCCGGAAGGGCACAUAAAGCUUUGCAUGGAUUUUGGUUCGACGGAAAAUUGGUCACUGUGAAAUUUUUGAGAUUAGAGCGCUAUUACGAACGUUUUCCUGAAGCGAUUAAUUUCAACACCCCGUUACGUCCAUCCAAUGAUAACAAAUUAUCUCUACAAUAAAAAAAUGAGACUGAACUCCUGUUUAAUUUUCCUGUUCACUUUUGGUGACUCCAUGGCUCUCAAACUUCAUGAUUCAGUGAUUUCCUCUCAUCAUUGUUGGAGACAGCUCAAACUGAAAUCAUUCAUUUCACCUUUUGGACUGUCUUAGCCAUGAAUUUAUGUAAUGUUUUGCAUCCAUAUUAUAUAUCCAUCAGGUAUCAUUGUAUGUUUUGUACAUCCUAGAAUUUGAAAAAUGUUUGAUUCCUCUACUUUGGCCGUAUUACUUGCGUAGAGAAUCAGUGUGGAAAACGAACUUAUGUUUUAGCUUUAUUAGGCAAUUUUCCUGCUCCUAUUUUGUGUUGUUAAUGAAAAUUUAAAUCAGGAUGUAUAUAAAUCUUUCCUUCUUAUUAUCUCCUUAACAUCAUGAAUAUGUACUUGGAUUCCUUUUAUUGUACCGGUUUAUUAAGUAUUCUUUAAACUCGCCAUCAAUUUUUUCUUUCCUUUCUUCACCUGAAAUAUCUGAUUUUUUAAAGUUAAUUUUUAGGUCCAAGAUUCAGAUCAGUAAAACAUCUCCGCAUUUAAGAAAAAAUAUACCUUCUCGAUCGGGAACCUUUGGAAAAGAUCCUUAAUGUAAACUUACCUCAUCCGAGGUCCUUCCUUUCCAAUGAAACUCUUCCAAGUUAAACUAAUGUAAACAUUAUUAUCAUUGCUCACUUAAAACUGGCCUUUACAGAAAGGUAGUUGUCAUCUUAGUAAAAAUUUAAUUUUGAAACAAAAUAAAGACAAACAAAAACGCAAAAAAAUUAGACUUUGGGUAAGCAGAGCUUAACUCUUUCUCUAACUUUACCCUCCUGUUAAUUGUUAUACCUUAGACCUAAGAUUUUUUUUUUCCCUUUUUUUUUUUUUAUCUUACUUUAACAAGUAGUAUGUAAUUGGUAAUCACUUAGAUUUUAGGCGAAUUCUCCUCUAGAUAAAUUAUUUUUAUUUAAUUUAUGAUUUCACCUUGUAAUUUUAUUUCUUUACCUAAUUAUUUUGAUUGCCUGUUCUUUUAAAUUUUCUUUCUCUCUCAUACUCACUUUUUCUUAUGUUUGACAUCAAAAUGCUUUUGUGAAAGAUGUCCUCAAAAGGUUAUGAUUAAGUUUUUCUCUUGUUCUUUUAUGUAACUUACCUAUUUUGUUUAUCCUAUUUUAAGAGCUCUGAAAAACUAAUAAAACUAGUAACCAAAAGAA